UUUGUGCAUGAAUAUUUGCAGAAGUGUUGCCAAAUCAACUUAAUUACCUUCAUGCUUCCAGAUCAGUAUCAAAAAACAUUUUUCAAUGUGCUGUACAAAUGCUUCCAAUAUGCAAUCAUGGAGUAUUUUAGCCCUUUUUGCCUUAUCCGGGUGCUUUAGCAGCACAUGAGUGAUGGAAGAAGUAGCAUUAGGAUUCACAGCUGAUGUCUGUUCUCAGAGCUCAAUCAUGCUUUUUUACUGGUAGCAUUUGAAAUGGAGGUUCACAUCAAAGACAACCAUAUUGCUAAGGGUUUAGAAGCCUACAAUUAAGCAUGUGGAGCUUUGUGUGAAUACACAAAUGCCAGGUUUCUCCACCUACUGAACAAAUACAGCAACUAGAUAUGUAAUAUGUGAAAGUUGCCAAAUUGCUCUUAUUCAUACAGCUGACUUGAAAUUUGAAACAGUAAGACAGGAAUCCUCAUGUCAGAUGGUCUAAAAGACAACCAGGUAGCUGGAAACUCCUGUUAGCAGAAAAGGUACUUGGGCACAAGACAGGACAUCCACUUGUUGAUUUUAAUAAGUGUUAAUAUAUUUAAUUACAGACCCAGCACUGUGGGACAUGUUGCAGCAGUUUGGAUUCUGAUCAGAUGCUUUCCUGCAUCUCUUGUGUGGUUUUGGUGAUACUGAGCCAGACUGUGACGUUCUAGGAGUACCAGUUGGAAAACAUGGGAUCUGGUAGUUCUGUAAAUGCCAACUACAAGUACUCCCUGCAGAAGUCUGAAAAUGCUUUCAAGGCAGCUGUUCUGAUCCAAAGGUGGUAUCGGCGCUACGUUGCUCGCCUGGAAAUGCGCCGACGGUGCACUUGGAGAAUCUUUCAAUCCAUUGAGUAUGCCUGUGAGCAGGAUCAGAUCAAGCUUCACAACUUCUUCAGUUACCUCAUGGACAACUUCACGCCAAGCAGCAGUAAAGAAAGGGAUUUUAUCAGUCGCAUGUUCAUAAGCGGAGAAAGCUUCAAAGAGGCAGAGCUGGAGAAGUACUGUGACUACGAGUCCCUGGAGGUGCCAGAAUCCUACACUGGACCCCAUCUCUCUUUCCCACUCCUUCCUGACCAUGCGACUGCCUUGCUGGAAGCUUUCAAACAAAAACAACAGCUCCACCCUCGCUAUGUCUUAAACCUUCUACAUGAGACCAGGAAGCACCUCAAGCAAUUGCCAAACAUCAGUCAUGUCUCCACCUGCUAUAGUGAGGAGGUCACUGUGUGUGGAGAUUUGCAUGGCCAGCUGGAUGACUUGUUCCUCAUAUUUUAUAAGAAUGGCCUUCCUUCUCCUUCCAAGUCCUAUGUGUUCAAUGGGGACUUUGUAGACAGGGGCAAACAGUCCCUCGAGAUCCUCAUCAUUCUCUUCACCUUCCUCUUGAUAUAUCCAAAAGAGGUUCAUCUCAAUCGAGGGAACCAUGAAGACCACAUGGUCAACUUACGGUAUGGUUUCACCAAGGAAGUCAUGCAGAAAUACAAGCUGCAUGGGAAGAAAAUCUUGAAGAUGAUUCAGAAUGUCUUCUGCUGGCUACCUCUGGCCACUCUGAUUGAUCAGAAAGUCCUUGUUAUACAUGGGGGCGUCUCUGAUACUACUGAUCUGGACAUGCUUGAGAAAAUUCAAAGGAAUAAAUUUAUUUCUGUAUUGAGAGGGAAGAGAAGAAAACAGUCAAACAGAAAUGUGGAAAUAAAGGAGAUAAAUGGGGAGAGCCAAGCAGAGCCUGAUUCAGCAGGGAACGUGACAAUGCCCAGCUUACCCUCACAGCCCCGACCAACCCAGGCUCCCAGCAUGACCAACAGGGUGGAGUUCUCCAGGUGGGUCCGGCAGACAGUGCAGGAGCAAAUCGAGUGGUGCCGCAAGUUGGUGGACAUCAGUGAUUCGGAGGAGGAGGAGCCCACUUACUCCAGUUUGGUCUCCUUAACAGAUUUGGAUGGGCCAUGCUGGACUCGGCAAGAGGAGUGGAAGCAGAUUUUAGACAUUCUCUGGAGUGACCCCAUGUCUCAGGAGGGCUGCAGAGAAAAUACAGUGCGAGGUGGUGGCUGCUACUUUGGGCCUGAUGUGACGGGGAAGAUCCUCGAGAAGUACAACCUACAGUUCCUCAUCCGUUCUCAUGAGUGCAAGCAAGAGGGCUAUGAGUUCUGUCACAACCGAAAGGUACUGACCAUAUUUUCAGCCUCAAACUAUUAUGAGAUUGGCAGCAACAGGGGAGCCUAUGUGAAGCUGGGGCCAGACCUGGUGCCCCAUUUUGUUCAGUACCAAGCAAACAAGACAGCCCACACCCUCACCAUGACCCAAAGAAUCAGCAGAGUAGAGGAGUCAGCCUUCCGAGCCCUGCGGGAAAAACUGUUUGCUCACACCUCUGCCCUCAUCAGUGCAUUCAAGGGGUAUGAUAAAGACAAUACAGGAAGGAUCACACUGAGCAACUGGGCAACAGCGGUGGAGUCAGUCUUGCGCCUGGGAUUGCCGUGGCGGAUGUUGAGACCACAGCUGGUGCGCAGCACAGCAGAUGGCAUGCUGGAGUACAAGUCCUGGCUUGAUGAUUUGGCCAUGGAGCAGAGGAGCCAAGAGCACAUCCAGUCGAGCUUGCUGGAAGUUAUCUAUCGAAACAGAUCCAACCUGGAGACCAUAUUCAGGAUCAUAGACAGAGAUCAUUCAGGUCUCAUCUCAUUUGAGGAGUUCCGCCAAACCUGGAAGCUGUUCAGCUCCCACAUGAACAUUGAACUCACAGAUGAUGGCAUCAAUGACUUAGUUCGCAGCAUUGAUUUCAAUAAAGAUGGAAACAUUGACUUCAACGAGUUCCUAGAAGCCUUCCGCCUUGUCAAACAGUCCCAAUAGUGAGAACCCAGGGCAGAUCAUCACAUCUAAUGCCUUGUCUGCAAAGCCAGAAGGACUGCUUCCUACCUGACCCGCAGAACAUGCCUGCAGCUACAAAACAAGGAAAGGGAAAGCAGGUUCCUGGUGCUCUUCAUUGAAGACUGGAACCACCCAGCCAACAGCUGUGAUCCGUUUGGGGAAGGUAAUGGUAAAAUAGAUAACUGUACUUCAAUAAUGACUGCAUUUUAAAAGGAACUGUGUCAUGAAUAGAAAACUCUGCUCAAGGGCAGAGGCAAGUUAAUUUCUCUCAUCAAUGCAUGUCAUGAAAUUUUACAAGUCUAUUCAAGUUGAGUAAAAUUAAAGUAAAGGUAUUUCUUGGCGGCACUGGUUUACUAAGUAGCAAUUGCUAGAGCACGUCUUCCUUAAUAAUAAACUUUUUUCUAAACGCCUUGUUCUGGGCUGUUCAUCAUGCCUUCUCUAGAUUUUCAGUUCUGCAAGAAGCAGUACUAUUUCUGUGACAACAUCUAUUUCUCCCACUGUUCCCUUGCUUCAGUAAGAUCUAUCUACUAAAAAUAUGCAGUGGAGCAACACGUAGAAAAAAUAAACUACCAUCACCUCAUGUGCAGAACAGUCUCUCCCCCAGGGCUCUUCAAUCUGCUGAGGGAACCCUUUUGAUACUAACGACCCCCCAACCAAAGCAACACUGCUAUACGCUUGAGGUUGUUCAGUUUAGAAGCAUGAUGCAACUGCAGCUUAAAAAGCAAUGGGGGAACAUUUAAAUUUUUAAAUAAAGUGCAAAGAAAACAAACUCUCUCAUACCUGCAGCAGAGUCAUUCUAGCAGGGGUGCCUUGGCCUUUGCGAUCUACU